UUGCAGAAUCUCGGGGACGGUUGCUGAGGGGGACUGGGAUCCCGGUUGCGGCGCCUUCCGCCUGACCGUUCCUAGUCUCUGUCGGAUCCCAAGAGACCUAGCCUGAGCCCGCGCCGAACGGUGGGCCGGACUGAGAGAAUUCCCUGAGCUGGUGUCAGGUGCCACAGGCACUGGAGAUCUCACCAGGAGGGGACGGACAGAGGUAGGGGCCAGCGAGAUGGCGGAUGAGGCCUUAGCCGGUCUGGACGAGGGAGCCCUGCGAAAGCUGUUGGAGGUCACAGCGGAUCUGGCAGAGCGGCGGCGCAUCCGCUCAGCCAUCCGGGAGCUGCAGCGGCAGGAGCUGCAGCGUGAGGAGGAGGCCCUGGCAUCCAAGCGCUUCCGUGCCGAGCGGCAGGACAACAAGGAGAACUGGCUGCACUCUCAGCAGCAGGAGGCGGAGCAGCGAGCUGCUCUGGCGCGGCUGGCAGGGCGGCUGGAGUCCAUGAAUGAUGUGGAAGAGCUGACCGCGCUGCUGCGAGGUGCCGGUGAGUAUGAAGAACGCAAGCUGAUCCGAGCUGCCAUCCGCCGCAUAAGGGCCCAGGAGAUCGAGGCUGCCACGUUGGCUGGGAGGUUGUGCAGCGGGCGUCCCAACAGUGGCUCAAGAGAGGAGAGCAAGGGGCGGGCAGCACAGAGGCUGGAACGGUGUGAGGUAAGGAAGGUGCCAGAGCCAGAGAAACAGGAGCAGCAGGCAGAGGUCCCAGAACCAACCCCAACCCCCCAGGGCACCAGCCGGGAUGUGACCACGGUGACACUCCUGCUGCGGGCCCCACCUGGGGGCACACCCAGCUUACCUGCCUCACCCGUCAGUUCACCCACCACUGCUUCUCCUGAGCCUCCACUAGAGCCUACUGAGGCCCAGUGUCCUGCUGCUGAGGCUGUGGGCAGUCCCGAGGCACCCUCCAGCCCACCCAGGGCCACCAGUCCUGAGCCCCAGGAAGCACCAGCCACCCCCAGCACUGAGAGGCAGGUGGUCAGCAAGCUCCUGCCUGGCCCCACAGAGCCCCCAGCUGUCCAAGGCCCCACCAAAGGUCCUUCCAAUACAAAGAGAGCAGGCCACCACCAUUUCUCCAAACUGCCAGACCUGUCUGGACCCCGUCCCUGCCAACGCUCCCUGUCCGUGCUCAGCCCCCGCCAGCCAGCCCAGAACCGAGAACCCCCGACCCCUGCCAGUGGACCUUCCCCAUUCCAGCGGGCCGGCUCCGUGCGGGAUCGUGUGCGCAAGUUCACCUCUGAUUCUCCUAUGGCUGCUGGGCUCCAGGAUGGUCCACCCGGGUUGGCCCUGGGUCCCUUGACCCCCACAAGACUCUUGGGCCCCUCCCACAUCAGCACUACCCCUGCCUCCUCUUCCAGUGGCUCCUCCUCACGGGGCCCCAGUGCCACCUCCUCCCGCUUCAGCAAGGAGCCACGAGGAACAGCCAGGCCCCUGGCCCAGCUUCAGAGCUGCCCCAGGGAGGAGGGCCCCAGGGGGCGGGGCUUGGCUGCCAGGCCCCUUGAAAACGGAGCAGGGGGGCCCGUGGCCCGCUCAGAGGAGGCCAGUGCCCCGCUUCCCGUGCCUGUCGGCACUGCCGAGCCAGGGGCCAGUAUGAAGACCACAUUCACCAUCGAGAUCAAGGAUGGCCGUGGCCAGGCAUCCACUAGCCGAGUGCUGCUGCCCACAGGCAACCAGAGGGCAGAACUGACGCUGGGGCUACGGGCGCCUCCCACCCUCCUCAGCACCAGCAGUGGGGGCAAGAGCACCAUCACCCAUAUCAGCAGCCCUGGGACCCUGGCCCAGCUGGGUAGCGUCACUCACGUCACCAGCUUCAGCCAUGCCUCCCCCGGUAGUCGGGGAGGCCGCAGCAUUAAGAUGGAGCCAGAGCCAGUAGAGCCCCCCUCUGCAGCAGUGGAAGUGGCUAAUGGCGCCGAGCAAACCCGGGUGACCAAAGCACCAGAGAGGCGGAGCCCGCUGAGCGCUGAGGAGCUGAUGGCCAUCGAGGAUGAAAGCAUCCUGGACAAGAUGCUGGAUCAGACGACAGACUAUGAGGAACGGAAGCUCAUCCGGGCUGCACUACGUGAGCUCCGACAAAAGAAGAGAGACCAGCGGGACAAGGAACGGGAACGGCGGCUUCAAGAGGCACGGGCCCGGCCAGGGGAGGGCCGUGGCAACACAGCCACUGAGACCACCAUGCAGCACAGCCAGAGAGCAGCCGAUGGCUCAGCUGUCAGCACUGUCACCAAGACUGAGCGGCUCGUCCACUCCAAUGAUGGCACACGGACGGCCCGCACCACCACAGUGGAGUCCAGUUUUGUGAGGCGCUCGGAGAAUGGUGGCAGCAGCACCCUGGUGCAAACCAAGACCUUCUCCUCGUCAUCAUCCAAGAAGAUGGGCAGCAUCUUUGACCGCGAGGAUGACGCCAGCCCGCGGCCCGGCAGCCUGGCGGCACUCGAGAAACGCCAGGCAGAGAAGAAGAAAGAGCUGAUGAAGGCGCAGAGCCUUCCCAAGACCUCGGCCUCCCAGGCGCGCAAGGCCAUGAUUGAAAAGCUGGAGAAGGAAGGCGCCGCGGGCAGCCCUGGUGGACCCCGCGCAGCCGUGCAGCGCUCCACCAGCUUUGGGGUCCCCAACGCUAACAGCAUCAAGCAGAUGUUGCUGGACUGGUGCCGAGCCAAGACGCGUGGCUAUGAGCACGUGGACAUCCAGAACUUCUCCUCAAGUUGGAGUGAUGGGAUGGCCUUCUGUGCCCUGGUGCACAACUUCUUCCCCGAGGCCUUCGACUAUGGGCAGCUCAGCCCGCAGAACCGGCGUCAGAACUUCGAGGUGGCCUUCUCAUCUGCUGAGACCCAUGCGGACUGCCCGCAGCUCCUGGACACAGAGGACAUGGUGCGGCUUCGAGAGCCUGACUGGAAGUGCGUGUACACGUACAUCCAGGAGUUCUACCGCUGUCUGGUCCAGAAGGGGCUGGUAAAAACCAAAAAGUCCUAACCCCUGCUCAGGGGCCCCACGGAUGCUGGUGGACUGCGUCCCUCUGGUGGAGGUGGAGGACAUGAUGAUCAUGGGCAAGAAGCCUGACCCCAAGUGCGUCUUCACCUACGUGCAGUCGCUCUACAACCACCUGCGGCGCCACGAGCUGCGCCUGCGAGGCAAGAAUGUCUAGCCUCCCUGCCCGCACGGCCCGCCUGCGGCAAGCAGCCCCCCACCAUCCAGGCACCAUCCCCUCCCUGUGCGCCUGCCCACUGCUGCCGUCUGUCGCGACACCCUCCCCUGCAUACACACGCUGCGUUUUGAUAAAUUAUUGGUUUUCAACGA